AGAAAAAAAUUGGACACAUUUCUGGUCCUAAAAUCUCAAGAGAAGACCUCGUCGAAUCCAAGUAAUAAAUUGUAGGAUAAUCAAUAAAUAUUUGUUAGAAUCUUGCAAUCAUUUCGUUUGCGCAUGGGGUAUAUCAAUUUCCCGGCUUGAUCAGUCUUGGUUUGGUGAAAUUUCGAGGGUUUCUGAGGGGGAGACGAAACUAGGGUUUUGGUUUUUCGGCGACGAGAUGCAGCAGUCUCCGCAAAUGUUUCCGAUGGUUCCUUCGAUGCCGCCUACUAACAUCACCACAGAACAGAUCCAAAAGUACCUUGACGAAAACAAAAAGCUGAUAAUGGCAAUCAUGGAAAAUCAGAAUCUCGGAAAACUUGCAGAAUGUGCACAGUACCAAGCUCUUCUCCAGAAGAACUUAAUGUACCUCGCUGCAAUUGCUGAUGCGCAACCUCCUCCACCUACACCAGGAGCUGCACCAGCACCAGCUAUGGCUUCCCAGAUGACGACACCGCAUCCUGCGAUGCAACCGCCAAGCUACUUUAUGCAACACCCACAAGCUUCAGCUAUGGCUCAACAAGCAUCACCCGCCGGUAUUUUCCCUCCAAGAGGUCCUUUGCAAUUUGGUAGCACCCACCAGCUUCAGGAUCCGCAACAGCAGCAUAUACAUCAGCAAGCUAUGCAAGGACACAUGGGGAUUAGACCAAUGGGUAUCAACAACAACGGGAUGCAGAUGCAGCAUCCGAUGCAACAACCAGAAACCGCUCUUGGAGGAAGCGGUGCAAACGUGGGGCAUAGAGGAGGCAAGCAAGAUGGAGCAGAUGGACAAGGAAAAGAUGAUGGCAAAUGAAAAGGAUCCAAAGAAGCUUUGUUUUUGUUGAUAUUUAGGACUCCUGCUUUCUUCUGAGUCUCACUACUAAGGCGUUGGCAUUAGUUUUCAUGAGUUUUAACAGAAAGAUAGACUGUGGAAUAGUAGUUCCACAAAAAAACCGUGUUGUAAUGUAUUUGUCUUAUUUAGUACAAGUACGGCUUGGUUUA